AUGGUCUUAUUCAAAAGAAAGCCUGUGCGGUACAUACCACAUCCCUACAUUGACGACCAAGAGUGCGAUGUCUGGGUUAUCUCCGAUUCCAACGAAGUAUUCGUAUCCUACGAUGCCUACCUUGAGCGCAUGGACUUUUUCAAGUUGAAGAAGUUCACAUGCGAAGUGACUGGCCGCUCGGGCCUGAACUUCUUCGACGCCCUCAGAAGUGAACUGGCAGGUUCCAAAGAGAUUGACGAAGCAUUCCCGCAGGCCCUCCGAGAACCAGUCCUUCGACGGGUGCAGUUCUCCACCACGUCCCGAAUUGACAGCCUGGUAGAGGAAGUGUUCAAUGAGUUCAAGAACGAUUUCUAUCCCGGCGAAUUGGUGACGGUCAUCUUGGACGACUCUUCACGACUUAAUGGGCGCGUGCGAGACAAGGCCAAAUUCGCCGAGAUCAGGAACGUCGACGGUUCAAUAGCAAGAAAUGCAUUUUCGCGGUACUUUGUCAGAUUGAUCGACCGGCCGGACGAGGAGGCUCUGGUAGACGAUCGGCAUAUCGUCAGAGACCGCAAAGUAUUCACAAAGCAGAUGUUGCGCUCGUUCAUCAAGAAUGCAGUCACGCGAGAAGGAUGGAUUGGCGCUCCGUGGCUUGUCAAGCCAGAAAUUGCUGAACGCUUCCGCAUAGAUACCAACGUCCCUCCGCACCUCCAGCACAGCACCAAGGUCGCAGCGAAGAAGGCUGAAAAGAGAAAUUCCAAUGUGGAGCAACAAGAUGGUAUGUUUGGUAUCUGGCAGCCCAAUAAGUUCCCCGAACUGAAACCUGCUCCCAAAGCACGAAAAGGCCACGGCCAUCAACAUGCUCAUCACGAGCGGACGGUAGAUCCUGCAGCACAAGCGUACCACAACUACUACCACCAACUCCCUCCCAAUAUGCCGCCGCCCAUGCCUGAUCCAGGCUUGUUACCACGAUCCUGGGGUCACAUGCAACCACCUCCUCAACCUCAUCCAACUUAUCCGCCUUAUUAUGCAGGCUAUCCCGCUCCCCAUCAGAUGGCACCUAAUGGACAUUACUACCCUACACCAGUACACCCACCUCCCCCUCAGCCCGCUCCGCCAAAACAAGAGAUUGUAGUGGAAGUCCCUCCACCUCCGCCACCUAUCAAAUACCCGAUCGAGGAUCUUGACGUAGAGCCUGUCCGAGACGGGACUCACCGACCAGCGUUGAAGUUUGUGACGAAAGAGCUGUACUCUGACGAGAAACUGACCAAGGAUGUAAUUCCUGGACUCAAGGGAGAGAAUAUUGGACUUCUACUUGAGACCUGGAACACACUGAAUGUGUACUGUCAGGUCUUGAAAUUAGAUUCAUUUACAUUCGACGACUUUGUGGACGCGAUGCAAUUCUCCUCGGUGGAAGUGGAUUGCGAGCUGUUCGUCGAGGUGCAUUGUGCGAUCCUCAAACAGCUCGUCAACUCCGAAACGGACGAUGAAGGCGCAAUUCAAAUAUCGCUCCCCGACCUACCCGACUCUGACGAUGAGGAGGAGGAAGAAUCCGAGCAAGAGGAAAGUAAACCACCGACACCGACACCGGAGCCAGAAUAUCCAGCCAAGAGAACUCGAAGUAGCCUCAACAAGGUGAAGUUUGCUGAACCGGAGCCAGAGCCGGCAGAGGAAGAGGAAGACGAGACCGUUCCACACCGAGCGGCAGAAAUGUUCGGCGAUUAUGGCUGGAUCGACAGGCUCCGGAAACGCGAUUUCAAGAACGGAGGGUGGGAAUUGGUCAUGGUUGGCCUUCUUCAUCAACUUUCGGGACGACCUCGACUGACCGAGGUGUGCAACAAACUCCUCGCAUACCUCGCACCUCUUGACGCUGAACCAACGAUUGAGACUGCUCGAAUACAAUACUCAACCAUGGACAUCAAUCUGCGAGCGGAAGCUUUACAAAUCAUCUGCCAGCUGUUCCUGGAGACGAAGACGGUGAAAGAUUUCCUGGAAGAUAUGAGCAACACCAUGACCCAGUACCGAAAGGCCAAGAUUGAGCACCAGCGAGCCCGCAAGGAGGCAUUAGCAAGGUUGAAAGAGCUGCAGGUGGAGCGGAAACUACUUGCACCAGAACCUGAAAAGUCGCCCAGUCCUGUACCCGAGUUGGAGGAAUCUAUGGAAGUAGACAGGGCCGGAGAGGGCGACAUGUCUAUCCCUGACUCAGAGGAUGAGGAGCCCGUCGUGACCCGGUCUCUACGGCGCGGGAUCGAUCGUGCUGCAGAACGGAAGAGAAAGCGCGAAGAAGAGCAAGAGCGGAAGGAAAAGGCCGCAGAAGCGAAGCAGAACAAGGGCAGCAAGGAGUACCAGAAAGUUCUUAAGCAGAUCGAAAAGGAACGAGAAAAGGUACAGGCUGCGGAAGAUGCGAUCAUCGUUGUCGACAGUGAUUUGCGAGAGGCCGACUGCCCUAGAACGAGAGUUCUGGGUAAGGACCGGUUCUGCAACCGAUAUUGGUGGUUUGAACGGAACGCAAUGCCGCAUGGUGGUCUACCAGACAGUUCAACCGCAGAUGCCGGAUAUGCCAACGGUCGUCUCUGGGUUCAAGGCCCGGAUGACAUGGAGCGUGAGGGCUUCAUCGACAUCUCGAAGCAGGAGCAAGAAGGGUACUAUCGACGCUUCCAGAUGACUCCAGCCGAGCGCAAGUCCAUGGAAGAAGGACCGACGAGUUUGGUUAAUGCCAAGCAAUGGGGCUUCUACGACACCGCCGAAGAUCUGGACAUGUUGAUCGGCUGGCUCGAAAGCCGGGGUGUGAGAGAGGCAAAGCUGCAGAAGGAACUGGCUCUACAACGCGACAUCAUUAUCAAACAUAUGGAGAAGCGAGCAGAGUACCUCACGCCGCGAGAGAAGUCGGAAGAACCCGUACCAGCACAACCUGCACGCAUGUCGACGAGGACCAAGACGUACGUGAGUGACAAGUCACAUCGAUGUCUGAGGUGGCGGAACACCACGGCCAUUGCAGAGCAGGGUUAUCGACACGUCGAUCCGCCUCCGAAACCACGACCACGCGGGAAGAAGAAUUACAGUUAUGUCCAGCACGAGGAGAAGAGUGUGCCUGUCUUGAAUAAGCAGGGCAAACCUGUCACUAGACAAGGGACGAGAUACAACUUUUGA